UUUUCAUUUUUUUUUGCUUUUGUUGUCUUGGAAUACUUACCCUAAGCUUUUCGGUAUUUCGAUCUCUCAUUCGAAAUAAAAUAAAUGGAAAUGAGACAAAUAUUUAACAAACUGGCUUGAAUAAAAAAAAAACUUAGUUCGAAAAGUGACAUAUGUUUUGAAACUUCAAAGCCAUUCAAAUCGGCCAUGGUAUACGAAAUGUGGUAGUUUCAUAAAAAAAUAAAUAAAAAGUGACAAAAAAAUCGCAAAAACGUUGUUUAAUCACAAAAAACAAGGAAUAUCAAGAUAAUUACAAAUUUACGUAUGCUCUUGAAAAAGUCGUGAUUUUUACGAAAAUGUCCAAUAAAAAAUCUCAGGCGCCAGCAGGUGGAGACGCUCCUCCACCAGUCGACAGAAAGAAGGACGAUAAGAAAAAGGGAAAGGAAGAACCGCCAGAGCCGGAAGAAAUACCGAAGACACCAUCGCAAAUCGAUAGAGAGGAAGCGGAAUACCGUGCUCUGAUGAGGAAGCUGAGGUUCAAGAGGAAAUGGCCAGAGAUAACCAAGGUACCUAUCAACACGAGGCCCUGGAGACCACCCGCGGGACACAGGAAAAUACCUCGCAUCGCUAUUGACCUGCCCGAGUUGACUCUGAGGAAAUGGGUGCCUCCGUACCGGAGACGCCGUCGUCCCAGGCCUAAGCUGCAGAGAAUACCUCCUGAGGAGUUGACGCAGCCUCUAUACGAGGGGGCCAAGUUGAAGAAGAUCUGGCACAAUUUCACGCAAGUCGAGAAGAACAAGAUGAUGCUGCAGGGUAGCAUCGGCUGUAAUUCUAGAAGAUAUUCGUCUACCGCCUGUGGUUCGCAGACCGGUUGCAUAGCGGCCGUGUGCAGGGCGCUUUUAGAUGAGAAAAGUUCAAAGGAGCUUACCAAGAACGACGUGGAUGAAGUGAUUGAGGCGGCUGAUAGAUAUUAUCACCAGUGCAUGCUGGCUAUGAAGUGCUAUAAGGGAAAACCUCAACUUCAACUGAACCAGCUUCUGACGUCAUUCUUCUUUCACGACACGAAGUACACGGUCAAGAUGGAACAGGUGGACAAAGGACUCCUGGCCAAGCACCCGGAUAACAUUCAGGCUGAACUGGAUUUGAUGACCAUGAUGGAGAAGCGCGCCGGCACAGCGUACAUGAUGAUAUUGACCGUCGGUGGUAACCGUCACUUUUUGAUCUGGAGCGAGCUGCCCGAAGCUGGAGGUCAGGUCAAAACCCUCUGCUACAUCUUCGACCCGCAUAUGCUGGACGAGCGAGGGGUGCCGAACAAGCUAUACGGAGCCGGGGCGUUUUUGCGUUACGCUGGCGUGUCAUCGUUUGUCCUGGACUUUCUGACGAACUAUGGCGACUUGGACUCGGCCAAGAAGGGCACACCGAAGCCACCGAUAACCCUGACCAACAUCGAAGUGGUCCAAAAAGAGCGACUGCUUCGGGAGCCGACCUUCGAGCUUGAUUUGAAAGCUCUGAAGAUACACUGCCGCAGCGAGUGGGACAACAUCAACAUUAACGCUCUCAUCGAAAAGAAGAGAUAUGAGGGUAAAUAUCCUCAAGGUUCCCUCAGUGCGGUGAGCAUAGCUACAUCAAGAGCCACCUCUAGGAGGAAAGUUAGAGAUUUCUACCAGAAGAGCCCUAAAGAGCCUCCGCCGCAGCUGCCGGUGGCUCCAGAGCGUGCACCGGCCGCCAUGACCCAAGAUCAGAUAAUGUCCUUGAGAGGAGAAGACUUCUUUCUCUACUGCCCCAGUGUAGACGGACAUUUCUAUGGCAGAGACGACAUGAUACCGCGUCCGAAAUCGGAGACCGUUCUCCACAGUCCGGUCGAAAUAGCCGAUAGGAACUAUCACUCGCAGUACCAGCAGCUUGACGUUGAGAAGUGGAUCUUGCGGGGGACCAGACACAUGGCCAGUUUCAGGUACCAAACGUUUAAGACGUAUACUGGUGUGGCGUGUUGCGUGGCAGCCCUAGCCAUGCUCCGGAGGUACAGGGCUCGAGCCUGGAACGAGGAUAUUAUUGACGAAACCCUGGAUCUAGGAUACAAUCUUUACAGGGAAUCUUUGUUGGAAAGAGGCGGUGCUAUCAGACAGUUGGUACUUGGAGAGUUGAAGGACACAUUUCUCAUACGCGACAAGGAAUACAAACACAAGCAACGGGGAAUAGCGGUCUGGGGGAAAGUUAUAUCUUCGAGCCCCAACGUCUUGGACCUUUGUCGGGGCGUGGAGACGUUCUUCAAGGAGGCAGACACUGGACUCUUUCAGAUACCGGGCGAAUUCGAAGUGGCCAUUUGGAACGAGGGCGGAAAAUAUUACAUUUACCAUCCGUGGCCGGCUGAUAAAUACGGGCAUAAGGUUGGUCUCCGCGAAGACGGUAAGGCUUGCUUGCUGUACUUCACGCGCGUGAGCCGCCUAUGCGAGCUACUGACGGAGAGUGCAGGCGACAAGAAGCGGGGCGCGUUCAGUAUAUCGGACAUAAAAGUUUUUCAGCGCGAAGGGAUACCACCACCCAUUAACAAACUCACACCGGUGGCACCAGGUCGUUGGGUCAUCAAGGGCCACUUUCACGAGGGCGAUGCCAGGUUUCCGGAGGAGCAUCGCAACAAACAGGCCACCCCAACAUCGAUAGCAGCCAUUGCCAUGGCGAAUGUCGUCAGUCCUGACGAAUGGACCCCAGAUGACAUCGAUGAGAUUUUAAUCAGAGGCGACGUUCUCUAUCAAAACACGAUGGAACAUCUGGAGAAGAUGGGCAUCGAUUUGAACGCUCCUAAACUUGACGAGGAAAUGGACGAGGAGGAAGAGGCUCCACCCACCGGAACGCUGUCUGCCAUUCACGUAAUUAAUCGGUUUAAGAUAACAGAUUACGAUUGUAUAGAGACUGAAGUUUUCGACAGUAUGUACAACGGUCAAUUAAAUCCUGAUACUUCCUCGGGAAUGAUUUCGCUCAAGGCUUCGUUGGAGGAGUUCUUCAAGGGAAACAGUUACGGCGUUGUGACCGCCAGAGGGGGCUCGAUGGCUGUUUGGAAAGGCGAAGACCAUCUCUACUUGUUCGAACCCCAUGGCUGCGAUAAUAGUGGAUUCCCGUCAGACGAGACAAGAGCAGCAGCGUGCCUCAUUAGGUUGAGUGGCGGCGCUUCCGAGCUAGCCGACGCGAUCCUAGCUAACCUCUCUCCGGGGUCCGAUGACAGCUUCAAUAUAUCUCCCGUCUCCAUAACCGCGACGAGGCUGAACAUGGCCAUCGGAGUUCCUGAAACCAAAUUGGAGAGUAAAGCCUUUGAAUGGAUAUCAAAAGGCACCGCUGCCAUCUUGAGUGGGCCGCGUGGUGAGAAUACCGCCAUUGGGAAAGUCGCCACUAAAGUUGGAAUCGGGGCAGAUGACAUGUCGGGUCGAACUCUGGCUUUGCCUUCAGCGGCCGCUUUUGCCGCCGCCACAGAAGCAGUUCCACCACCGUUCAUGCAUAGAGAUCACAUUUACAAUUUCCUUGAUGCCGGUGCGGAAUAUUAUCUGAACCACGUCAAGAAGACUGGCCGUAAAGAAAUUAAUGUAGAAGACCUUAGCGAGAAGUUUGAGAUGGGAGCCAACACUUUCUCUAUAGAAAUCGGUGAAGCUGUGAAGUUGCCGUUGAGAUUGCCAGAUGAGCCUGCCGGAGAAGGUGAAGAGGAAGAGUCUGGUGAUAAAGAUGAGGUGGGAGAAGAGCUGGAAGAAGAGGAAGAGGAAGCACCUAUGAAACAAAUAAAAGAUGCACUGUUCAAACUGUGGAAUGACGACACAAAGCCGACGACGAUCAGCUUGCUGGUAGGUGAUUACCAUCAGCUCGGCGUGUGGAUGGCGUCGAGCGGGAAAGUCGUUGCGUUUGAUCCUGCGCCCACAGUUGGGAAGGGAAUGCUGACCGCACAAAGGAUCAAGAAAGGUGAUGAGCUCCGCCUGCAAAGAAUUAAAGAUGAAAUGGCUGGUGAAGACGCAGGUGGAGAUGAGGAGGCGGAAGAUGAGGAGGAAGCUGGUGGCGAGGGCGAGGAAGUGCCGGAGCCGGUUCCGGAGUUUGUGCCCCCGGAAUCUGCCGCUGCCCUGAUGGUGUUCGCGAGCCCGGGGGAGCUCAUCGACAAGCUGGUGAUCCAAGGGGGCCUCGAUCGCAAGCAAUGUCUAGCACCGUACAAGCUGUAUGGUGUUACCGUGAAGAAUGAGCUUAGUUCGGUUCUGAAGGAGAAGAGGCCGAGCUCGAGAGAUGACGCGGGAGACGGCGGUGAAGAAGAUGAAGAAGAGAGCUUAGUGGAACCACUGGACGACUCCUGCGUGGGGAAGUACAUGGACCGCAUCAGCCGCGUCCUAGCUUCGGUCAGAGGAAGACUGGCACAAGACGAGGAAUUCUUUUUAGAGCAUCGGAACAGAGAUCACCAGGACGCGGCGAACUCUAUAAUGGGUAUAGUGGUCGAGAACAUCGAACCUCACAUCCACUGGAAGCCGCAGCUGAUCGACGGAAUCCUCAAGUACGGAGACAGGGUCCACACGAUGUCUCUGCCCAGAGCUUCUGCUCCGCCAGGACUACGCCCCAACGAGAUUAUCGACCAGUUCCACGUCACCAAUUUUAAUGUCAGACUAGAGAUUGAGAGCGAAGCUGUGACAGGCGAACUGAAAGCUGGAGAAACAGGUGCCGUACUUAACUUGAAGAGAGCCAUCAAUAGAUUCUUUGAAAGCUACAAGCACGGAGUGAUUUGCGCUAAGUCAUACUGCGUUGCGGUGUGGAAAGCCACAGACGACAAGGCUAUUUGCCUGUGGGAGCCUCAUGCUGUAGGUCCCAAUGGAAGAACGUCUCCUGGAGGGGCGGCGGCCCUCGUCAUGUAUUCCAAUGUCGAAGACCUGGCCAGCACUAUAACAAGUAACGUUGAGGGACUGGAGAGACCGGGAUCUAACAGGUUCUGCAUAACAUCUGUGAAAGUGUUUUGGGAGUUUGCCAAGCUGUCGGGUCCGGUAUCGCAGCAGGGUAAGGUGCCAGACGAAGGUUACGAGUGGAAGGUGCUGAGCGCGUACGUGGAGACCGCGCGCGGCAAGACCAUACUCCGCGGGACCAGACCGCCCGAUCUUGUCAAGUUCACGAGGGAUGCGUUACUGCAAUCAUCUUGCGGUGCCAUAGUGGCUGCUUGCAUGUCUCACGUGAGGCGGCCCCCGCUAUGGACACGGAAAACUGUUGAUGAGAUUAUGGCGGUGGCCGGCCACUUGUUCAAUGCGUCCCUCGGAUCGUUGGGCUACGAAUUCAGACCCGGCGAGGACGUGUUGCUGCCAUUACAAGUAUUGAAACGUUUCAUACUGGGCGUGAACUACGUCCGCUACGAACUGGAUGCAGUGUACAGCGGGAAGCUCGCGCAGAAGGAGCCCACGGAAAUGACCGUCAGAUGUGCUCUGGAGCAGUUCUUUGAGGGUCACACGCACGGGAUAUUGUGGUCGGUGCCGCACGCCGUGGCCGUGUGGCGGGUGGCGGGGUCGCCGCCCUUCUACAUGAUGGAGCCCCACGCCUGCGGACCAACGGGCCUGAGGGUUGACGCGCAGGACGACGGAGCCGCUUGCGUCAUGACCUUCACUUCAGCGAAGAUGUUGGCGUUCUCGUACCUCCAGAACGUGCCAGCUACGGAACGACUGAAGCACGACUUCCAACUCUACGCAAUGUCGGUCGCUGUUCACCCGAUCUCCAAGACGGGCGGAGUCCAGCCGCCUCUGGUGCGGUCGAAACCUGGUCUAGCACUAGUGCCGGCCACCAGCAAGGUCGGUAUUGAUGGCACGAAGCGUCGCGCUGACGAGAAGGACAGGAAGCAUCCGCCGGGGAGCGCCACGUGCUUGGACGCACAACGCGCCUCCGAGCUCCAGGAUAAAGCCAUGAGCAAACUGAAGGGUCAACGUAACACGAGCGGAUGGUUGGUGUUGAACGACGGGACUCAGUACCUGUCGGCCCAGCAUUCGAUGUCCUGCAGGAAGUUUACGAAAGCUUCCCGUGGAUGUCAGGCUUUGGCAUGUUCAAUAAUGGCAGUGGCCAUGUCAAGAGUGGAAGACGUGUGCCGUUGGUGCUCGUCCACCCUCGACCAGAUUCUGUACAGCGGGGACCAGCUCUACCAGGACAGCUACCUGCACUUUAAGGCCAAAUCCAGGAUCCUCGGGAUCGAACAAAUUCUGCGUAAAUUCUACACGCCCGGUAACUGCGUGUGUAGAGUCGUCAUAUACAAAGCGAGGCAGACUGGUGUUGUUGAUGGAGAUUUGGUCUCGCAGUUGAUUGAAUUCUUUCGUGAAGAGAGAUACGGUGUGUUCGUGGCUGGUAAAGGCGAUAUAGCUGUUGCACUGUUCAGGACACCCAGAGGGUACUACAUGUUCGACCCCGCGGACAGAGAUCGCUACGGUCGAGCAGUCCCCCCGCCCUGCACUGGAAGAGCCAGGGCCUGCCUCUCGCAAUACCCUAACGUCCAGUCGUUGGCAGAAAAGCUGUAUCCUAACAUACCGCCCGUCGUCAAUGACACUGGACUCGGUGAAGAAGCUGGGACUAAAUCUCCACAAACGAAAUCGAAGAGCGAUUUGGGACGAGAUGACGAUAAAGAGGUCCGAUUCGAGCAGCCAGCCACAUUCUUUAUAUACGGAAUGGACGUUACAAGUCUACGUAGACUUAAUUAUCACGAGAAGUGACAAAAAGGACAGCACACUGAACAGUAAACAAUAUAAUUACGAACUAAAGAUGUUUGCGUUGAGGUUUAAUAAAAAAAAAAAAUACCGUUCCUACAUCUGUAGUACAAAUUGUGAAGCAACACUACAUCUGUAUUUAAGUCACUUUGUCACAUCAUCAUCAUUCUCCUGUCCUUCUCACAAUAACCUAGGGUCGGCGCAACAUGUUUUCUCUUUUCAUACUCCUCUAUCAUAAACCAUUUCUUCGCUCACUCCCUUCUUACACAUAUCGUCUUUCAAGCAAUUCAUCCAUUUCUUCUUAGGUCUACCUCUUCCUCUAUAUCCUUCCACAUUCAUGGUUAACAUUCUUACCAACCUCAUUUUCAUUUCCUCUCAUCACAUGUCCAUACCAUCUCAAACGCGCACUUCUCAACUUCUCUGUCACAGGUGCCACGUUCAGACUUCCUCUGUUCUUUGUCACAUUAUCAAUGAAUAAUAAUGCUCUUUAUGCUUUAUUAAGUACCCAAUGUCUUUAGUUCUAUAUUAUUCGAUUAUCUAUUCCGAAUUGUUUUGUUAAAUUUUGCAUAGCUAUAAGCGGAUUUGUUACAAUUUUGCAAUGCAUUUGAUGAUUGGCAUUUAAAUUUCUUGUACCCUAUUUUUGACGCAAUCUUGUUAACUGUUUGCAGUUUAUAAUGACCUCAAAGUACUUACACUACAUUAGAAAUGGAGAGUCUGAGACACAAUGCUUGCAAAUGAAAAUGCCAAUAUUUUCACAUUACAAGCAGCGGCUCAAAUCCACUGAUCAAUAAUUCAUUGUGAUUGAUUGUUUUUGUAUUUUCGUGAAAAAUUCAAUACGAAGAUAGCUUUGUAAAAUUAAAGAUUUGUAAGAAUUUGAGAGGAGAUACUUUCUCGUCAUGUUUUAGUGUAAUGACAGCGAUAUGGACGGUGUUAAAUUUCUUUGAGAGGAAAAACCGAAAAAUUUUGGCCGAUGAUAGAAUAAUUUUUUUAUUUCUAUAAAAUUGUAAUGUAUUAAAAUGUGAAUUGUGUUUGUUAUUUUUUAUCGCAUUUCGUAUGAACGAAUAAAGGUCAUGGCUUUGGAA